UUCAAAACAAAAACAAUACAGAAAGUACAUGAUUGAAAGAUGGAAAGAAGGUAUGGACCUUACACAGUUGCUUGACAGAAAAGAAGAAGGUAUUGACCCUGUUCAAUUGCUUCCUGAUGAAGUUAUCGAAACUCUAUUUGGGUUUUUGGAUGUUGCCGACUUCUGUCGCAUUGCAUGCUGCAACAAAGUAUGGAGGCAUCACACGAAUUUAGAUAUACACUGGCUACAUUUCUGUCAGAGGAAUCGAUGGGAGAAAUAUGGAAAAGACGUAAAUCUUACUGAACUAAAGCCAUUCAGUUCCUGUGUGCCGAGCACAUCCAAGACCUCACCAACAUUUGUCUUUACGGAUGAUCCGUCAGGGAGUUUGGAACCAGUUUGCAAGUGGAAAGGUAUUUACAUGAGGGCACAUCAUUUAACAAUGAACUGGAGACAUGGGAAGUACUUUGUAGCACCACCAUUAAGAGGUCAUCAAGACCGGGUUACCUGUUUGGAUUGUAAUGGUACAAGACAAAGAACAAUAAGUUGUCAUGACAAUGCUGGUGUCUACUACGAUGUUAAACGAUGCGGUGAGUCUGAUGUGGCAUCAAUGGAGGAUUGCGAGGUUGAAUGUACACAGGAUUGUGUUUUAGGACGCUAUGGCAGUUGGUCUGAUUGCAACGAGCAGUGUGGAAUGGAUGGGCACAAGUUCAGAGAGCGUGUGAUUCUGAUGGAGAGUAGAGGACUGGGUAGAAAUUGUCCUAAGAACUCUCAUUCUCUUGUACAGAAUACGAGUAUGGUGACUCCGAAAAAUGACGGACGUGAGGCCAUAGUUGAUUCUACGUUUUGUUCUUUAUUGGAACAUUGUCAAGAAUGA